CAUCCUUCACUAAGCUCCCUGUAGCAGGUGGAGGCGCGCAUUUCCUGGACACGAUGACAGCACAUCAGCUAAUUCUCUUGCUCACGCUGCUUGGCUGCGCCGCAGCCACCUACUUCCAAGACUGUGGUUCGGACGCCACGAUCGAUGAAUUUGUCCUCACUGACUGCGACAUUCCUCCAUGUGUAGUGCACCGCCCCAGCACCCAGGAUGUAAACAUUACCUUUACACCAGUUCACGAGGCCAAAACGUUGGACACUAUCAUCAUAGCGAACAUUGGGGGUCUGGACUUCCCCUGGCCAGGUCCCAACGGCUGCCCUCUACUGGUCGACGACAAGUGCCCUAUAAAUCCCGAACACACUUACCAUUACCACGCUGUCAUGCCAGUAGAAGCUGAUUACCCUGCAAUAUCUGCAAUUGUGACGUGGAAACUCAAGGAUGAAAAUAAUAUAGUACACGCCUGCCUCGUCUUCCCUAUCGUCCUCGUCUGAAAGUGAACCUUACACGCCUGAAAACUGACUUCGAAAAUAUAAAGUUGAAGCUGAGUGCCUGAAAUCCGAGCAUGUAUAUAUACAAAAGUAAAUUUUGUAUGAUUGAAUGUUCAUUGCACUCGUUUGGAAGGAAGCUACACCUCUACAAUUAUAGCCAUACAAUUUUCAAAGUUGAUUUCAACGUAGAGAAUUUGGUUUAAUACACUAUGAAAAUUGUAUGACACAUGUUAAAUUUGAUCACACACACACACAUACAGCAUAGAGUCCAGUAUGGCUAAGGAUCCCUUAACAAAUGAGUGAAAGCUGGCAAGACUCAUCCUAUGAGUUUAUUCCACAUGUAGACUACAAGAGAGACAGCGAAGUAGCCUUGUGAUUUGAUGUUUACUACACCAGAAGCACUCACACUCGGGUCUGAGUUACAAAUAUCAAAAUUAGCAAUUAGUGUUAGUUAUGCUAUAGGUUCCGGUGUCAUGCGACAAAUCUACCGGUGCGAUAAACCUUCCGGGCUCAGCAAUUACUGAUGUUCAUUAUCGACAUCUAAGAUGUAUGAUUGAUUUGUGGUUGAUUUGUGAGAGCUGAAAAUAUUAAUAAAUACGGUAACGGAA